AUGCCGGGCAAAUACAUUGAAAAAUAUGAUCAGGUCCCUGUGACCAAGGAGAAGCUUGACUGGGCCGAGCUUAUCACUUUGGAUUUGAAUCAGUAUGAGCAGCCAGGAGGAAAAGAAUCUCUCGUCAAGCAGCUGGAACAUGCUGUUAGGAACGUUGGUUUCUUCUAUGUCAAAAACUUCAACAUUAGCCAAGAAGAAAUUGAUAAUCAGUUUGCUCUAGGCCGCGAGUUCUAUGCGUUGCCACUUGAAGAGAAGCUCAAGUUCCACAGUGCCAGUGAUCUCGCGAGGGGCGAAUACAACUCCUACCGCCCUGCUGGACAUCGAAUUCUAGGCAAUGGUAUCAAGGACAAUGUCCAGGUGUACAACAUCCCAAAGUUCGACGGUCACCACGAGCGACCCCAGCCCUCGGUUCUCGCCGAGAACAUCAAGGAAAUUGAAGCAUUCAGCCGUAAAUGCCACACCGAGGUCGUUGAGAAGCUCCUUCGUCUUUUCGCCAUUCUCCUCGAGCUUCCAGACGAGGACCAACUAGUCCGCGACCACCAAUAUGAUGUCAAGGGCGAAGACCACCUGCGUUACAUGCAUUAUGCUGCCCGUAGUGCAGAAGAAAACCAAAAGGUCGGCGAGCUGUACAGUCCCGGCCACACAGACUUGGGAACAGUCACGCUGCUAUUCCGCCAACCCGUCGCCGCGCUACAGAUCCUCAACUCAGAGGGGAAGUGGAAGUGGGUGCAGCCGCAAGACGGAACUAUCACUAUCAACACCUGCGAUGCGUUGACGGCGCUUACGGGUGGUUUGAUCAAAUCAAGUAUCCAUCGGGUGCAUGCGCCACCUCCUGAUCAGGCUCAUAUUGAUCGAUUGGGUGUGCUGUACUUUGCUCGGCCUAAUAACCAUGUUGUCCUCGAUCCGAUUCAGAACAGUCCUCUUCUCCAGAGACUUGGCCUGACAACAAAUGCUUUCACUGAGCUUGGCCAGCACCUUACUACUGAGGAGUGGGUUACCGUUCGACAAACUCAGCAACAACGGAAGAAUCGAGAUGUUCAGAUCUCGGCGGAAGGGAAGUAUACCUACAAGCCGAAGGAUCUUGAGAUUAUUCCUGGUCUGCAGGCUGCUAUUUACAACUAG